AUUCGUGGUUUGUCAUUUUUGGCGCUUUUCUGAUAAUGACUCAAAUAUUGCGCGGAAAUCUUUUUGUGCGGGGAAUUAAUGUCAACCUAUUUGGCAACAGUGAGGAAGAAGAAAACGAAAGGGUUACUAAUAACAAUAAUUCGCAUCGUCAACCAUUUUAUUACCAGUCUUCCAUUCAUGAAAUGGGCCAAAGUAACCAGAUAAACAACAAUAAACAAAUAAUUAAUAACUUAGACCAAAGUAAACAUAAUACUGAUGAAGACAAUCAUAAAAGUAAACAAGGAGGAGGAAAUGUUGAUCUCUUAAAAAUUUACAAUUUCCCUUCAGGCCCUAUAGGUGUAAGCCCACCUAGACCAGGUUUUUGUAUAUCUAAAGAUGCUUCCCUUGUUCCACUGACAACUGAUGACAUUAAUCUGUCGAAUAAUCUCAAUGAAGAAAAGUUUUUAUCUUAUCUCAUAGAUACGAGUGCUCAACUAAGCCUUAAUGCUCACCAUGUUUGGAAAGAAUUUCCAAGGGACUUUUCCAUUAUUCUAAGUCUCAAACCAAAUUUCCGGCUUGAUGUUAAUCAACAAUACGUCGAUCAGGGUGUCAAUCAAGAAAGCCAAAUUCUUAAAAGUGGCCGAAUGACUAUUUUAACAUUGUAUGACGAGUUUGAUAGUGAACAGCUUAUCCUGCGGGUAACAGCGUCUAACCUAAUCCAAGUCCUAUACAACGAUUUUGGAAUGAAAGACGGAAAAGGGGUUGGCAAGAGUGAAGAAGGCGGCAUAAGAAAUGAAAGGAACGAAAGAAAUAAUACCGUCGAAUUCGAGAUGGGCAUCAAUGACAAUGAAUGGCACAUAAUUGCCCUUAGUAUAAAAGGUGAUGCCAUGACAUUGAUUUUCGAUUGCAAACACGUGAUAACUUAUCACGUGGUUCGCAGUGAACUUCGUAAGUUAAGCACUUUAGAUGGAAUCCUAUUAUUCGGUCAACCUUUUUACGAAAACUCUCCUUUUAUUGGAGAAAUACAACAUUUACAAAUUUCAACUGAACCACAGACGGCUUUCGACUUCUGUAAAAACACGGAAUUGAGAUGCGAAAAUAUUUAUUACCUAAAAGAGCUUCAGAAACAUAAUCGGCUGAAUAUCAAAGAAAAAAUUAAAAUGCCAAUAGAGAAAAAUGAAAUGGAAAAGGAGAAGGAAAGAUUGGAGGAAAAAAGAAAAGAAUGGAAAGAAGAAAACAGGAGAUUGGAGAUUGAAAAGGAGAAGGUUGCGAAAUCUAAGAAAAGUACCAAUGAAUUGGAAGAAGAGCUGGCCGACGAAAGAAUUAGCAGAUACAAGUACAAACUCAUUAUAACGAAACCGGAUGUGUACUCGACACUAAGUCCUUUCCAUCAAGAUUCAUAUACAUUUUCGCAGGAAAAAGUGACGACCAAUUAUGGGGAAAGAAUAGACGAUAAUAAUCACGAAGACUAUGAAACUGACGACGACAACGAUUACCAAGAGUCUAAGGUAACUGGAAGAAUAGAUUAUCAUGAACAAGAAGGCAAUGAAUCAGAAAUCACGCCAUAUAUACACGUGAUUUCUACAAACGCAAGUUACGAUGGAGGAGAGGGAGAAAAUGGAGGCCGCGUUGAGGGUUAUUUGGAACAAGAGACUAUUCAGUGCCCUGCCACAGUGAAAGGAAUUCCUGGAGUCAGAGGACUCCCCGGUCCGAAAGGAGACAAGGGUGAUCCAGGUAAAAGUGGAUAUGAUGGAACCAAAGGCCCUCCUGGCUCACCUGGACACGUUUUUAUGAUUCCGCUGAGAAGAGCUGGAGAUUCUAAAGGACCUGGAGUGGAACAAGAAAUUUAUAGACAAAUGUUAGCCCAACAUAUGGCUGCAAUGAGAGGAGCGCAAGGGCCACAAGGUUUGACGGGCUUAAGUGGACCUGUGGGGCCAUCAGGAGAUGAAGGACCUAAGGGCGAUAGUGGAUAUAGAGGAGAAAUCGGCCUUCCUGGUCCUAUAGGAAUUCAAGGAUUGAGAGGAAGGACUGGAAAAAGGGGACUUCCGGGAAGAGACGGAGAACGAGGAGUAGUGGGAAUUCCUGGAAUUAUGGGCCCAAAAGGAUUUCAAGGUCUUCCAGGGUUUCUUGGAGAGAAAGGAGAAAGGGGAGUUUUAGGUAAGCCCGGUCCGCCAGGAGAUAAAGGUUACGACGGAACUCCGGGAGAUGAUGGACCGAGGGGUUUACCUGGACUACCCGGCGAACAGGGAAUUAUGGGAUUUCCAGGACCUAGAGGAUUUAUUGGAUCGUCAGGACUUCCUGGAGGACCAGGACCUGAAGGUCCUAUGGGAAUCAAAGGAAGCCCAGGUAUAAUGGGAAUUCCUGGACCACCAGGAAUAGUUGGAGGAUCUGGACCACCGGGUUCUUUGGGACCUCCUGGAGAAAGAGGCCCUCCCGGGAUUCAAGGAAGCGAAGGCAAACCUGGAAUGUCAGGUCUCCCUGGCCAGCAAGGAGAAACUGGGUCGGCAGGAUCAAUCGGAAGACAAGGGGAGAAAGGAGACCUCGGUCAGCCAGGGUCUCAAGGAGUGAUUGGAUUUUCCGGCCCUCGUGGAUUUAAGGGGCAAACAGGACAAAGAGGAAUUCAAGGGGAGAAGGGGGAUAAAGGAAUGUCCGGUCUAGAAGGAGAAAAGGGAAAAGAAGGAGACAGAGGCGAAAGAGGGGCCAAAGGUGCUCAAGGCUUACCCGGACAAGAUGGGCCCGAAGGGGAGAAAGGGAUAGAAGGACCAAGAGGUGAAGUAGGCAUCCAAGGCCCUAGAGGAGUGAAAGGCGAACGAGGCCCAUCGGGGCAAACUGGUUUUUCGGGGGAACCUGGUGUCAAAGGGGAUCAUGGAUUCCAAGGUAAUGUGGGUAAAGCUGGACUCAAAGGAAAUCAAGGAUCUCCAGGUAUUCAAGGGGAACGCGGAGAACCUGGAAUCAGAGGACUACCUGGAACCCGAGGCAAAAGAGGUCCAUUAGGCUCACCAGGAUUACCAGGCAACGUGGGACAACCCGGUCCACCAGGUAACACGGGGGAAGAUGGUCCUUUGGGUAAUCCCGGUGUUCAAGGAUUCCCAGGGCCAAUUGGGCCCAUUGGGAUAAAAGGAAGCAUCGGAAAUCCGGGAAUGACUGGAGAAAGGGGAGAAUCAGGAAAUCCUGGUAAAGAUGGACCAGCAGGCCCAAGGGGGUUCAUAGGUCUUCCAGGCAAUCAAGGCGAGACAGGCCCUCACGGAGAGACUGGAGCAACUGGAUUACAAGGACUGUCCGGCGAACCAGGAAAUCCGGGUCCACAGGGAACUGAAGGUCAAAAAGGGGAAAGGGGUCUCGCAGGACCAAACGGUCCUCCGGGGGAAACUGGUCUUCCGGGAUUCCAAGGCGAAAGGGGUGUUAUUGGAGCUACUGGUUUAUCUGGACCUAAAGGAGAAAGGGGAUCAAAGGGUGAAAAUGGAUUCCGAGGUGACAAAGGCCAAAUUGGAGCUAUCGGUGAAGCAGGACCUCAAGGAUUAACCGGAUCCCCAGGUGUCAUAGGUGCCCCGGGAGGUAAAGGCGAGAAGGGGCGUGAUGGUGUACCUGGUGAAAUAGGAUUACCAGGUCCGUCUGGAUUACCAGGACCUAAAGGAAAUGUAGGUCCCUUAGGCAUUUCCGGUCCACCUGGCGAGGAGGGCGAAAGGGGUGAAACGGGAGCUUCUGGUGAAAAGGGAUUCAAAGGCGAGAUAGGACUUUCGGGGCCGAUAGGGAGGGUAGGACCUCAAGGAGUCAGAGGAAAGCCAGGAGAACAGGGAUUAAUAGGGGAGCCAGGUGUAGCCGGCCAGGUGGGCUUACCUGGACACAAAGGUGCUGAUGGAAUAGCAGGUGAAAAGGGCGACACAGGAAUAAUUGGACCUCAGGGUUUACUAGGUCCAAAUGGAGAUAAAGGUGAGAGAGGUGACGCUGGAAAGCCGGGUUUGAUAGGUGGGCCAGGGCAGCGUGGACCACAAGGACAAAUAGGCCCUCAGGGAGAAAUAGGUCAUCCUGGCACCACCGGCGAAAGUGGUAAAACUGGCUCAAAAGGCGACGCUGGAUUACCCGGAAAACCAGGAUUGGUGGGGAAACCCGGAGUAGCAGGACCGAGAGGAGAAUCAGGACAGAAAGGAGAAACUGGCGAACGUGGACUAACAGGCACGAUGGGUAAACCUGGUCCAAGUGGUCCGUUAGGAGCAAAAGGAGAAAAUGGAAAUCCUGGUAUACCAGGUUUACAGGGCUCGAUCGGUCCAUCAGGUUUCAGUGGACCACCAGGAGUGCCUGGGACCGACGGUUUACCUGGAAAGAUUGGAAAUCAAGGUGAACCCGGUGAAAGAGGCGUUCCUGGAUCUGUAGGACCCCAAGGAAAAAGUGGGCCACCUGGUUAUGCGGGAAAAACAGGUCCAACCGGAUAUCCGGGUCCGAAAGGAGAAACUGGUCAUGUAGGACCUACAGGCAUGCAAGGCCCUAUCGGGCCAAGAGGACCUUUGGGACCUUCAGGUCCUUCCGGACCUGUAGGGCAGCCUGGACCAGUGGGUGAGACCGGUUCUCCGGGACCAAUAGGACCCUUGGGGGCAUCGGGUGAUACCGGUGAAGCUGGUCCAAGAGGGGAGAAAGGCCAACGUGGAAUUCGCGGACCUAAAGGUCAUGGAGGAUCUAGCGGAAGGUUAGGAGACCCUGGAAUUCAAGGCUCAACAGGAUCACCCGGCAAACCAGGGCGAAAUGGACCUCCCGGAGUAAAAGGAGAUCAGGGUUCGACAGGACCAAUUGGUCUAACGGGUUCCGAUGGUCAGCCUGGAGUGCCUGGGCCUGAAGGCAUACAAGGUCCGAAAGGUGCAAUGGGUCAAGAGGGACCCAAGGGGGCUAAUGGACCAUCAGGAUUACCUGGAUCGAGAGGACUUCCCGGGGACAAACCCUAUAUCCCCCCUCAGUUGGCAGCUCAAAUAUUUCAAACUUUGAGACCUAAACGACACGUUACUUUUUUAGCUAAUGAAAAUGUUGCCCAAAACAUUGAAAAAGGAUUAAUCGAUAAUUUGGAAAUAGAUUCUUCGUCCGAAAGUUAUACGAGCAAUUAUAAACAGGAAGAGAGUUACAGCAAGGAGGAAUUAGAAAAGGAAUUAAAGGAAUUGAAAAAAUCGCUCGAUUUGGAAAAAUCGGAUGAUAAAGAAGCGAUAUUGGUGACUUUAGCUGCUAAUAUGUUUAGUUCACUUGAAAGAAUGAACGCCGCCUUGUCACCCCCCUCUGGUAACUCUAAAGCCGAUCCAGGGCAAUCAUGUAAGGAAUUGAUGGCCAUCAAUCCGGAAAUGGAUAACGGGUUUUAUUGGAUCGAUCCCAAUCUAGGAUCAGGAAUUGAUUCCAUCCUCGUUUAUUGUAACACUACUUCUGGCGGGGAUUCUUGCAUCUUUCCGGAUGAGGAAAUUAAAAUGAUGCCCAAUAUCCCUUGGAAAGCCAAUCAAGAAGAUCCGAAAUGGUUUAGUGUUUUGAGCGGAGGAAUCAAAUUUUCCUACCAUAAGACUUUGAAGGAAAAUGCCGAAAUUCAAUUAAGAUUCUUGCGACUCUUGAGUGGUUCAGUUCGUCAAAAAUUUGUUUUCACAUGCGUUAAUACAGGAAGUUCUGGUCUUGCAUUCAAAGAUUCUAAUGGGAAAGUGUUUCCUUUCAAAUCCGGAAUUAAAACCAUGAUCAAUACUACUAGCCAGGAAUCACUUGAUGAGAGCAACGAAUUCAUAGAUGUUUUGUACGAUGGAUGUCAAGACUCAAUGUCCAUGUCUCGUACUAUCAUAGAAAUUGUCGAAAAAAGAAAUGGAAAUAAAAAAAAACAUAUGAAAGAGAACAAUGAAAUGAAGAAAGAUGAGAAUGAAAUGAAGAUAGAAUAUUGGAAUGCCAUGGUUUUGCCACUGACAGAUUUUAUAAACGAUUUUAUGAAAGAAAAGAAUGAGCGUAAAGUGGGGUUAGAUCAAAUGGCCUGGGGUUACGAAUUAGGUCCUAUCUGCUUCAAUUAGAAGAAAGAUGAAAUAAAACAAUUAAACAACGAAAAUUAUAAGCUGAAAAGCCUUAAUAGGAGAAUGG